CACCUUGAAGUUUGAAAUCUAUGCAUCGUGAUUAAACUGACUUGACAACUACUUAUGAGCGUUUGUGUGUAUCCAUGUAGUUAUAUCGUUGUGCGUACUGUUUAUAUCGUGCUGUGACGGUAGUGAUAGCUACGUCAAAUUACGUGUCUUGCUUGUCCUACAGAGUCAAAGAUGGGUGUAAUUUUCUUGGAACACAUUGGAGGUACUCGCCUGUUUUCUUGUGCUUCGUGUGACACCAAUCUUACAAACAGAGCUCAGCUGAUAAGCACGCGUUUUACGGGCGCUACAGGCCGUGCUUUUCUCUUUAACAAAGUGGUCAACUUAAAUUACAGCGAGGUACAGGAUAGAGUGAUGCUGACGGGUCGUCACAUGGUCAGAGAUGUCAGCUGCAAAAACUGUGCCGCUAAGCUUGGGUGGGUGUAUGAAUUUGCGACAGACGAUAAUCAACGAUACAAAGAAGGCCGUGUCAUCCUGGAGCGGGCUUUAGUCACUGAAACUGAUGGAAUGGGCGAUAAUAUUUACUUCCCUACAAAUAACAGGUCUUAGUAUAAAAAAUAUAUAUCAUAGUCAACAUAUAAGAAGUUGUUCUCUUUUUUGUGUUCCUUCAUUAUUUGGAAUGAUUUUAAAAACAUAUUCACCGAAUGUACAAUUUAUACUCGCUACUCAACGUUUUUGUAACCAUAAAACAAACACUGUCCUAUAAUAUUUCAUGUUACUAAUAAUAUUUUUUUUUAAUUUAUUUCUCACUUAACACGUGUAUCAUGAUAAAUCUAAUUGGAAAUAAAGAUUAUGUGUACUUUAUAUUAGUAGUUUGAAUAUAGAUACCGAGUAGACAAGAAUCGAUGGCAUUAAAUAAACCAGUUACAAAAUAAUGCGUGUUUUUGAUUGGAAUAAUUAAUUCCACUACAAGUAUCUAAUU